AUGUCUCAAGUGAACAUCUGGAUGAGGUUACUCGCGCUGCUCUUUAUUCUGAGGAGUAUUUCAGAGUACGACUGCAACUUCAAAAUGUCUUUCGUAAAAGUGGAGGAGAAAAGUGACUUUUCUUAUCACAACUUGCCUUACGGAGUUUUUUCCACGCCGGAUAAUUCCAGGCACAGAAUUGGCGUUGCUAUUGGAGACCAGAUUUUGGACCUCAGUGUUAUCAAGCAUCUUUUCAAUGGACCGGCUCUUGGACCCCAUCAGGAUGUUUUUGAACAGCCCACACUCAAUGCUUUUAUGGCUGUGGGUUAUGAUGCUUGGAGAGAGGCGAGAAAGUGCCUCCAGAUGCUUCUAGCUGCAAACGAGUCCACGCUGCGUGAUGACGUCAGUUUAAGAAGCCGGGCUUUUGUUCAGCAGACUUCUGCAGUGAUGCAUCUCCCAGCUGAGAUCGGCGACUACACAGACUUUUACUCAUCGAGAGAUCAUGCCACCAACGUUGGAAUAAUGUUCCGUGGAAAAGAAAAUGCCUUGAUGCCCAACUGGCUGAGACUGCCAGUAGGGUAUCAUGGGAGAGCUUCAUCUGUGGUCGUCUCUGGAGCACCAAUCAGAAGACCUCGAGGACAGAUGAGACCAGACGCAGCUCAGCCGCCCAUCUUUGGACCUAGCAAGCAGCUAGAUAUAGAGUUAGAGAUGGCGUUCUUUGUGGGAAAAGGGAACAAGCUGGGAGAGCCCAUCCCAGUGGAGAAGGCUCACGAGCACAUCUUCGGCAUGGUGCUUAUGAACGACUGGAGUGCUCGGGAUAUCCAGGCUUGGGAAUAUGUUCCAUUAGGUCCGUUCCUGGGCAAGAAUUUUGGGACCACUAUCUCGCCCUGGGUCGUUCCCAUGGAAGCACUGAUGCCCUUUGUCGAGCCCAAUCCGGUCCAGGACCCUGUGCCUCUUCCAUACUUGCGUCACGAUGACCCCUAUACGUUCAACAUCAACCUCUUUGUCGCUGUGAAAGGUGAGGGGAUGCGAGAGGCCGUCACUAUUUGCAAGUCCAAUUUUAAGUACAUGUACUGGUCCAUGAAACAUCAUUUCAAUCAAAAUAUGUUUCUGCAUAGAGCUGUAUUAAAUAGUACUGCCUCUGUAUUUGUGUGCAUGAAGGAUCCAGAGAGUUUCGGCUCUAUGCUGGAGCUCUCAUGGCGAGGAUCCAAGACUAUUGACCUCGGCGAUGGAGAGACAAGGACCUUCCUGAAGGACGGGGACGAGGUCACUCUCACAGGUCAUUGUGAGGGUAGGGGCUAUAGAGUGGGAUUCGGUCUGUGUGAGGGGAAGAUCCUUCCUGCCCUGCAACAGUGACGCUGCUCUCUGUCCGUCUGUCUCUCCUUCUCUCCUGUAAGCCAGACAAAACAGCCAUGCAUUCAUAAUUUCUGAGUAAAACAAGAUAUUCGAUAAGAAAUAAUGUAGGGUGGAACUUGAUUUUAUCCAUCGGGAUUGAUCGGAUUGUGAAAAUUGGUCAUUAAAUAUGAAGGAAAAUGUAAAAGAACUUGUUUCUUUAGAUAACCUUUGAGAUCUUAGGAAAAUAUGUCGCUAAAAUAGUAAUGCGUCAUCUUUAUUGGCUUCCAUAUGCUUGAAAACAGUCAUUCAUUUCUGCAAUUCAACUAGUUUUUGCAGAAAUGACACAUUUGAAUUGCUUUGUCAUUCUGUGUUA